UAUAAACAGUUUGGAACUUCUUCGAGCCUAAACACCAAAAAUGCGUUUCUUAAUCGUCGUUGCUCUUUUGGCCUUCGUGGCUGUUGGGCUUACAAAUGCCCGUCCUGCUGAGGAGGAGCAGGAGUCCUCUAUUCAGGAGAACUCUGGCGAGGAUUCUUCCAACAACAGUAGUGAAGAAAACACAAAUGCACCUGGAGAAGGAUCUGCAAAUGAAGAAAGCCAGGACUCUGGAAAUUCUGGUAAUGGACAAGGUCAGGAUUCUGAAAACGAGGAAAACCAGGCUGGUGAAUCUGAUGGACAGAGUCAGGAUUCCGAAAAUGAGGUAAACCAGGCUGGUGAAUCUGAUGGACAGAGUGGAGAUACUGACAAUCUGGAAAACCAGGCUGGUGAAUCCAAUGGACAGAGUCAGGAUUCUGAAAGUGAGGGAAACCAAGCUGCUGGAUCUGAUGGGCAGAGUCAGGAUUCUGAAAAGGAGGGAAACCAGGCUGCUGAAUCUGAUGGACAGAGUGGAGAUUCCGACAAUCUGGAAAACCAGGCUGGUGAAUCUAAUGGACAGAGUCAGGAUUCAGAAAAUGAGGAAAACCAAGCUGCUGGAUCUGAUGGGCAGAGUCAGGAUUCUGAAAAGGAGGGAAACCAGGCUGCUGAAUCUGAUGGACAGAGUGGAGAUUCUGACAAUCUGGAAAACCAGGCUGGUGAAUCUAAUGGACAGAGUCAGGAUUCUGAAAAUGAGGAAAACCAAGCUGCUGGAUCUGAUGGGCAGAGUCAGGAUUCUGAAAAGGAGGGAAACCAGGCUGCUGAAUCUGAUGGACAGAGUGGAGAUUCUGACAAUCUGGAAAACCAGGCUGGUGAAUCUAAUGGACAGAGUCAGGAUUCUGAAAAUGAGGAAAACCAUGCUGCUGGAUCUGAUGGGCAGAGUCAGGAUUCUGCUCAGGAUUCUGAAAUUGAGGGAAACCAGGCUGGUGAAUCGGAAGGACAGAGUCAGGACUCUGACAAUGGAGAAGUAACCAAUAAUGAAGACAAUAAGGAGAGCAAUGGAGAUGAGUCCAAUUCCGAAUCGAGCGGAGAUAAUAACAACGAGUCUGGAGCCAACAACGAGUCCGGAGUUAACAAGGAGGCUGGAGACGAAAACGAGUCUGGUGAUAACAACGAGUCUGGAGACAACAACGAGUCUGGAGACAACAACGAGUCCGGAGUUAACAACGAGUCUGGAGACAACAACGAGUCUGGAAACAACAACGAGUCUGGAUGCAACAACGAGUCUGGCGAUAAAACCGAUUCGGAGCAUAACAACGAGGGCGAUCAGGAGGAGAAUGCCCCACCUAAGAAGUCGAUUCGUCCAUUUAGGCCCAGGUUCGGAAGGCAUGGUCCACUUAUAAUCCUCGCCAGGCCCCUUUUCCUUAACCAAGCUUAA